AACUCCACCACGGUCACUGAGUUCCUUAUACUGGGAUUCCCGGCUCUGAAUGAUUACAAGUUGCCAUUCUUCUCCAUUGUUCUUCUAAUGUAUUCAAUGACUAUAUGUGAGAACCUCUUGAUUAUUUUACUGGUGUCCACAAGCCAACGUCUCCGUUCUCCAAUGUAUUUCUUCCUUGGACAUUUGGCGCUGUCAGAUAUUUUCCAAGUAUCAAAUGUUGUUCCUAAGAUGCUGGAUGUUAUCAUAAAGGAGGGGAGUAUCAUAUCUUUUGUUGGGUGUGCAACUCAGUUUUACCUUUAUGGGGUAUCGGUUAGUGCUGCAUGUUUUUUGCUCACGGCCAUGUCCUAUGACCGGUACUUGGCCAUCUGUAGACCUCUACAUUAUAUCUCAAUGAUGAGUGUUAAGCUUAGAUACAGCCUGAUCAUUUCAUCCUGGGGGAUCAGCUUUAUGUUAGUCCUCAUCACACUUGUACUUGUAUGUGGCUUAGACUUCUGUAGGUCGAAUGUUAUUAACCAUUUCUUUUGUGACUUGGCCCCUCUUUUAGAACUUUCUUGCUCAGACACAACCCCUGUGAGUAUUGACAUUAUAGUCCACUCUGUUUUUAUAGUUUUGUUACCUUUCUUAUUUAUUAUUAUAACUUAUGUUCACAUUUUUAUCACUAUUUUUGGAAUUUCCUCCACCUCAGGCCGACAAAAGACUUUUUCCACUUGUAGCUCUCACUUGGGGGUUGUAUCUACCUAUUAUGGGUCCAUGAUCAUAAUCUACAUGGUCCCUUACAGAGGACAUUCAGUGCCUGUUAACAAGAUUAUUUCCCUUCUCUACAUUGUGCUGACCCCUUUCUUAAACCCUGUCAUAUACAGUCUCAGAAACCACGAGAUUCAAUCUUCUGUGAUUGUAUAUCUAAAGGUUUGCAGUAAGAAGACCAUCUUGUAG